AGGACAUGAAGCUCGAAGCCGAUGAUGAUGAUCCGAAAGCCUUGCUGUUUGUCCUUCGUGCUAUUCAUUUGAAGUCUAUGGAGCUGCCCAAGCAGCUUACCUUCGAUGAGGUCGUCAAGGUCGCCGUUAUCUGUGCUAAGUAUGAUACCGUCGCGACGGUCAAUUGGAAGAUAUUCGUUCGCGAUCGGGUCGAUAACUUCGCCAAGGGAUAUGGGGUUUCCAAGGGAUUCAAGGAUGGAACGGACGCUCCGCUUGCGAACUGGUAUCUUGAACCGGGCAAAGAAGAAUGGGCGUACGUUGCUUGGACUUUCGGCUUCGCAUUCCAGUUCACCGAACUAGCUAAGCACCUUAUUCGGACUGGUCGUACAGAUAGCGAAGGCAAUCUGCUGAAUAGCAAGUCCCAACCGAUGAACGGGCACUUCCCUCCAGGAGUGAUCGACUUCGUGCUCCAGGCUCGCUCGGCAUCCAUGUCGCGCCUUCUUGGCGACACGUACUCCAUAUUCAAGCGCCUCCUCGCCUAUCCAACCGAGCAUUUAUGCGAAGCGGACAAGCAAAAAAUGGACCGCAUUUGUGGCAACUUCGCAACUUCGCUAACGAAGUUGGGGCUACCUAUGGAACGUCCCGAUGUAUCUGCCUUUCACAACAGCAUUGAAGAGCUCGUAGAACUGCUGAAGAAGAUGAGGUUCGACUCUCCUAGCGACCAACCAGACAUCAUCAAGGGCACGUUCUGGGACCAUAUUAUCGAACACCCCUUAGAGGACUUGCCUGACGCCGUUCCUGACGAGUUCCUCAAACACAUGUCCUCGCAGGCGGCUAAGUGGUAGAAGGCCUCAAACACAUUGCUUUCCAGGCGGCAAAGGGGAGCGUAUGCAGUCCUUGUCUGGGAUUUUCUUUGGGACUGAGAAUGGUAUUGCGGUGACUGCGCCCAAGACGGAUGUAUGGGUAUUCACAACUUUUCUAGUAGUGCUUGGGCACACCUAGUUGCAGUCUAAUUUUGAUGGCAUACAAUUAAUUUGGACGUGAAGUAUGUGAGAUAUU